CUUCCCCCGGAAGUCGCAGCAUUACAUGAUCCGUGCAGGGAAAACCAUAGAUAUAGGAUAUAAUAAUAAGAAGUGUGUCUGUGUGUGUGGUAGCACACUGCAGGAGCCAGCUCACCAUGAGAGGAACAGCUACAGGAAAGGUGGUGACGUCAGGCAGGCUGACCAGAGGAGGCAGAGUGCAGCUGUCCCGGAGACGCACUCCCCAAAACCCAGGAGCAGCAGUCCGCGCUGAGCCAGCAUAUUCUCUGUACUCCACAGACUCUGAGGACCAGGUCACCAAUCUGCACCGGGGGCUGGACCGCUGUGCUGCCUUGCUCGGGGGCAUGCUUCAAGCUGAGAAGGCAGAAACCUUGCCAGGCCUCACCAAAGGAGUGACGCUUAGAGCAGCUAAAUCAAGACCCUCCACCCUACUAAGGAAGAAGACCAUUGGGAACACAGACCAGAGGAGCCGUCUGUCAGUCCAGCGAGGACCUGCUGCUGCUGCUGUCUCACCACAGAAGCUCCUCCCCCCUCAGAAACGAGCCCCCACCCUGCUGCCACACAAGCGCCCCCCCACCCCUCCACCUCUGUCUGACCCCCAGUCUGCUUCUGAAGCUCCGCCCACAUCCUGUCUGUCAGAUGGCGAUGGGGAAGAGGAGGAGUGUGUUCCUGUAAGAGACACGGACACACACCCAGCCGUCAGACAAACACACUCGCACACCUGCAGCGUCCAGAAGCCAGACACGAUGCUGGAGCCGGGACAGGUUGCUAUGGUUACCGAGGACACACAGAGCGUGGGGGGGAGAAGGACGGUGCAGCAUCUGCUGGAGGAGCUGAAGGCUCUGAUCACAGGACAAGGCAGUACAGCAGAGAGGCUGCUCAGUCAUCUGGAGCAGAGCCUGUCUUCCCAGCUGAUGGAUGUUGGGGGUCCCGUGCAGACUGCAGGGGAACUCUCCUCAGUACAGAACCAGAACUGUCAGCUCCGCAGGCGGGUCAGGGUUCUGAACCAGCAGCUAAAGGAGAGGGAGAAGGCAGCAUUACACGGCACAGAGCCCUUCAUCAACUCUGCAGUGUGUGCUCUGCAGGAGCAGCUGGAAGGCGCUCAGUCCCAGCUGCAGGAGCUGCAGGAGGAGCUGACAGGAGUACGGGAAGCCUUGAGGGACACACAGAGCCAGCUGAGGGACAGAGAGGAGGAGAACACACUCCUCACAGCAGACCUGGAGGCCACCAGAAGCAGGUUGCGGGACAGUGAGCGGGAGAAGACUAAGUACUCUUCACUCGCCCAGCAACAACUAGAAGAGAGAGAAAACUGUAACAGGGUUCUUCAGAUUCUGGAGUCAACCCAAGCCGGUGUCCUCCCACAGCAGCAGAGACAGGAGCCCCCUGUGCCCCCCCCUGACCGCAUCACACACUUCCUGCUGUCUCUGGCUCCGCCUAUGUGUGUGUCUGCAGAGAGAGGAGGACACACAGCCACCUCUGUCUCGCUGAGAGACACUUCAUCACAUCCUGCCGUCGUCCUGACCGACCAAUCACUGUGUCCGGAUGAGGCCAAGGAGGGGGGGUGGGGGCUACUGUCCCACGUUGACAGCUCCGUGUGUUCUGAUUGGAGCAGCAGGUCCGGCUCCACCCUGGACAGCCGGGCGGAGGCUGCGUUCAGGGACGGGCUGGCAGCGCUGGACGCCAGCAUCGCCAGCCUGCAGAGGACCUUUCAGCUGGACCUCGGGGGGGCCCGGUGAUGCACUCUAGAUAACUUUAUUUCAGAUGUUGUCCCCUCUAUUUUAAAUAUUAUGGAAAUAAAGCAUUUUAAUGAGUU